AUGGCUAUUCCGUUCAUCGGGAGGCUGCGUCCGCACGAGUAUGUCGCGCUCGUUGGGUCGUUUAUUCUCGUCGGUCUCGAGGCUUUAAUCCGAGUAUUGACCCUGGCUUUGCCCAUUUCAACAGCUGUGCGGGACGCAGCUGAUUUUGUCGAGUUGUGCCGGAUCUGGGGAUACGAAGCUGAAGAGCACAUUGCCCAAACCAAAGAUGGCUACCUCCUUGGUCUUCAUCGCCUGGCGUGGAGAAAAGGCGAUGAGGGGCAAAAGGUCAACUCUGGACCGACGAGUCUGCACAAGAAGGUCAUUUACAUGCACCAUGGUCUUCUCAUGAACUCUGAGGUUUGGGUUGCUCUUACGGAUGGGCAUAGAUGCUUGCCUUUUGAACUGGUUGAGAGGGGUUAUGAUGUCUGGCUUGGCAACAAUCGAGGAAACAAGUACUCCAAAAAGUCGAUUCACCACUCGCCAACGUCGCUCAAUUUCUGGGACUUUUCCAUCGAUGAGUUUGCUUUCCAUGACAUCCCUGACAGCAUUGCAUACAUCCUAGACACGACUCAGCAGGAGAGUCUGUCUUAUAUCGGCUUCUCUCAGGGCACGGCGCAGGCCUUUGCCACCCUGGCCAUUCACCCCAAGCUCAACCAGCAGGUCAACGUCUUUAUCGCUCUGGCACCUGCCAUGGCCCCCGCUGGCUUGUCGAAUGGGAUCGUCGAUGCUCUUGUUACAGCGUCUCCUUCAGUUCUGUACCUGCUGUUCGGUCGUAGAUCCAUCCUCAGCUCGGCAACCAUGUGGGAGACGCUUCUGUACCCACCCAUCUUCAGCAAGCUCAUCGAUAUGGGACUUUCCUUUUUGUUCAACUGGCAGACCAAGAAUAUCUCGGCGAGCCAGAAGCUGGCAGCUUACCCACAUCUUUAUUCGUUCACGAGCACCAAGAGUGUUGUUCAUUGGUUUCAGAUCAUCCGGAACAAGUGUUUCCAGAUGUAUGACGAUGAUGUUCACCAGCCGAUGAGCGUCAUCUCGACCAGCAAGUACUCCAAGGUUGCCAAGUACCCGACGCGAAACAUCAAGACGCCAAUUGUUCUAGUGUACGGAGGAAGCGACUCCCUGGUUGACAUCAAGGUGAUGCUCAAGGAACUACCGCCGCAGACGGUAGCGACCGAGAUUCCUCACUACGAGCAUCUCGACUUCUUAUGGGCCCGCGACGUUGACAUUCAGGUCUUUCAACAUGUGUUUGAUGCCCUCGACAGCUUCACGGAUGCCGAGCAUUCUAAAGAAGAGUACGACAAAUACUACAUCAGCAGGCAAGAGAGCCUCCUUGGCUCAGGAUACGCGUUUGGAUACUCACACCAAGGAAGCGAGAGCGAAUCAUCAACACUCACGCCUAGCGUUGAAAGCCAGAGCAACGGUGUUCCUCUAGCUCCACACCGUGCACGAGAGCAUUCGACUGCGAUUCCAUCACCGGUGAACACGACACGGGCAAGGGUCAAUAUCGCUGCGGGCACCAUCGUGGACGGUCGGCCAGUGACCCCGGACAAGCCUGGUGGCGGUCUGCUCUCAAGAGGAGACUCGCCUGACGAAGGCCAUGAAUCACCAACGACAGCGAGGGUCAAGGCCAGUGCCAAACGCAGAGGAAGCAAUGGAAGCAACAUUAGCCUCGACAGCAUGCGUUCCGGCCGAGGCAUCAGCGUCGGAGCGAGCAAAGCGGUUGGAGGUGUUGUGACCAAGCCCGGCGUCAGUGGAACGCCAGCAGACGAUAGCAGAAGUGCAACCCCAGACAAGAAGAAGAAGAGUAAGUAA